AUGGCUGAGCAAGGCAUUUCUGAGGCUCUUGCUGUUUUUUUUGCCUUCCAGCUGACCAUCUUUGACUUCAGGGAGGUUGGUCUCAGGCUCAGGAAGAAGCCGGACAGCCCUCAGGAGACAAAGCUGCCCAAGACUGUCCGGCCCCCAGGCACGAGUGAGAACUCCAGUUCCAAGUUCUCAUCCCCUGACCGGAACAAGACCUUGCUUGAGCCUGUCCCAUCCGAGCUGGUGUUUCAGAACUAUGUCCUUGGCAAGGUCUGUGAAACGGCCCUGCUUCUGAGGAAUAGAGACAAGGUUACUCAGCUGGUGAAGGUCACCAUGGACAGCUCACCUUAUUUCAAGUUGGUCGGCCCCAAUGGUGUGUGCCAUCAGAUCCCACCGGGCUCAUUUUGCACUAUAAACAUCCUUUUCACCCCUGAGGGGAGCAAGUUACUUUUCCUGCAGGAUCAUUUCCACCAGCUUGUCUGCAGCAGUGAAAGGGAAAAGGUCUCUGUGCCAAUCCAAGCCAUUGGUGCCCGCCCAGUCUUGGACUUCCCUGACCAGCUGGACUUCUCGUCGUGUCCAGUCAACCACAGCACCCAGAAGACUCUGCUGGUUCACAACACCGGGAACCUGGAAGCCUGUUACAGCCUCAGCACUGAGAGCCCUUUCACUGUCAGCCCAGCCACGGGAACCCUCGAUGUUGGUGAAGCCAAGCAAGUGACAGUGGAAUAUCACCCGCUGCAGACCGGGCACCAUUCCACAUCCCUGGCAGUGCACUGUGACAGAGGUGAAGAUACCCACACCAGACUUCUUGGAAAAGCUAAGGACUUCAACAUCGGGCUGGACAACAGAAGUAACAUCACAGCCCAAUUCCAGUGCGAGGCUUUUGCUACUGAGGCAGAGGAGUAUCAGCAGAAGAUCAGGCUGUGUCACAAUCUGUCUCGGCCACCCCAGGAGAUAGCAAAGGCUCUUGUGAUGAAGCGCUAUGAGGAGCUGGACCUUUACGACCGCGAGUUGGAGAAGGAGACAGCAAAGAUUGAAGCAGACUCCAUGCUCUUCUCAGAUGACGUUUUCACCAUUGAGCCCUUGGAGGGAGAGGUUGGGCCACAUUGUUCAGCUGAAAUCAAGGUGUUCUUUAAACCCCGAGAAGCCCAAGUCUACAGAAAAGUGGCCUACUGUUCCAUCUCAGGCCGUGAGACCAGGCUGCCCCUGCGACUCACAAGGGAAGGCCUCGAGCCCUGCCUCCAACUCAGCUCUGAGGAACUGGACAUGGGGAAAGUUUUGGUUGGAGAAGCCUACAGCUACGAGACCAUGGUCUUCCAGUGCCACCUCCUGCUGCCAGCACAUGGUGCUUUCCUCAGUGUGUGGUACAAGGCACAGAACUGCCCCGGCAACAGCGAAAAGUUAACCAUCCUCAACGACUCCCCCAUGGAGGCAGAGGUGCAGGGUGCUGAUGUCACAGUGGCCACUGUGACCCGUGGGGCCAAGGGCACAAAACCGGACUCUGGGCUCGGGCUCAGUGUCACUGUUUCCUACCUCGGAACCAGUGGAGGAGCACCUUGGAAGAGACCUUGGUGUUCCGAGGAAAGACGCCCUGCUAUCACCAUGGCAGACAGACACGAGCAAGCCCCCGAAGACAGGCAGGAAGCCCCCGAAGACAGGGAGCCAGCAUGCCUGCUGUGUCAGCAAUCAGAGGCUGACCCGGACAUCUGCGGAGAAAAAAUUUUCCUAUUUGGGCUCUGUGUCCACAAGCUCUGCCUGUUUUUUGUCAGCAACUCUCCUGACCGCCCCGUUCUGCGACUCGAAGACUGGGAUAUUGACGAAAGAGAGAUCCCAGAUAUAGUCUCCCGGGCGGCUCAGCAGAGGUGCUUCAUCUGUGGCCAGAGCGGGGCCACCAUCCCCUGCUGGGAAAGACACUGUGACCUGAGAUUCCACCUGCCCUGUGCCAAGCAGGGAGGCUGUGUCACCGAGUUCAUGCCACCAUACAGGGCCUUCUGCCCCGCACACAGCCCACAGCAGGCAGUGGAGGCGACUCCAGGGCCGGGCACCCAAUGCCUCAUCUGCUUGGAGCCUGUGGAGGACAGAAAGACCUUCAACACCCUGGUGUGCCCGGCCUGCAUGACCACCUGGUUCCACAGGGACUGCAUCCAAGGACAGGCUCUGCGCUCUGGAUUUUUAUCCCUCCAGUGCCCCAUCUGCAGAAACAGGCACACUUUUCUCAGGGAUAUGGUCACCAUGGGGAUCCGAAUCCCCUUCAGGUUGGUGUCCUUCUGCCUGGCUCACAACACAGGGGGUGCAAGUGCUGUGCUGUUCCAGGGCCUGCCCCAGCAGUCCUGGCCCUGCCCUUUUCCGCCACCAUCAUGGGAGGGCAUUAAUGUAUUCACUGAGCUAGGAGAGAGACACAGGCACUGUGAUGCCCGUGAGUGCCUUUUUCCAGGAGGCAGGCAGGAGGCAGAGGAGGAGGGGCCCUGGGAAUUGCUCUGGUGCUCCUCCUGUGCUGCUGAGGGCACCCACAGACCCUGCUCUGGCCUGAGGGACAGCAUAAGCAGCUGGGAAUGGGAUGGCUGUGCUGGUCUGGGCACAGCCCCCAUGGAAGAGCCUGAGCUUGACAGCCCCAGCCUGUCCACACAGUCAGGCUUGGAGCCUUCCCAUGAACCCAAGACCAUCAGCCCCAGCACUGGUAACCAGGUGCCAUCAGGGAUGUCUCCCAGUUCUCCAGCACCAGAGACCAGCAACCCCAGCACCACCCAACAGGCAACAUCGGAGCAGUCUCUGCAAUCUCCCUCACAGGAGAUGAGCAGCCCCAGCACUGAGAACCAGGUGACAUCAGACUCAUCCCACAGCAGCUCCUCAGAACCUGAGGACAGCACCUGCUCCAGCAGUCCUGGGCCUGACCUGACACAAAACUGCUCGUGCCAGCAACGUCGGACCCCAUUCCAUAUGGCCGGUCCUGGACUCCCCAUGACAGUAACUGCGAGUCACAUCGAGUUCUGAGAGGCAAAACCCAAGGGAGACACAGCAGCGAGGACAUCCCGAAGGCAAAACCACGCCCACCAGGAGUGUCAGACCCCAAAUCCACAGAGCCGGUCCCAAAGUCCCCAUGACAGGAGCCAUGAGCCAGCACCAAGUCCUGGGAGACGCAGGCCCAGGCAGACACAAACAGGGACAUCCUGCAAGCAAAAGCACUUCUGGCAGCAAUAUCAGACCCCCAAUACACAGAGCCAGUCCAGAAGUCAUCGUGACAGGAGCCGCGUGAGAUCACCAAGGGCUGGGAGGUGCAACAGCGGCCAGAAGCAUCGAGGACACCCCAAAGGCGAAACCAGUCCCGCCAGCAACGUCGGACCCCAGAUGAAUGCAGCCAAUCUAGAAGUUGCCGUGACAGGAGCCGUGUGGCAGCCCCAAGUGCUGGGAGAUGCACCCCCAGCCAGGAAGCACGAAGGACAUCCCACACGUGAAACUGGUUCUGUCAGCAACGUAUCAAAUCCCUUUAUCAAAUCCCUUCAAUAAAUGUAUAGGACUGCUUUUUAAAAUAUUUUUAUGUAUUUGCAAAAUUAUGCAAGUGGCACUUUUGA